CCGGCUCGUUUUACGGCAGGUCGCAGUCUGAAGUUCAAAAAGAGAGCAUAACAACAACACAGACAUGAGUGUGACUUUCAGCAGUCAGUGAUGAAUAAAGUGAUGAUCAUAGACGAUCGCAACACAGGAUCUUAGCAGAGAAAAUGGCUAGUACCAUGGUGGCCGUGGGUCUUACCCUGGCAGCGGCAGGGUUUGCAGGUCGCUACGCAAUGCAAGCUAUGAAACACAUGGAGCCACAAGUGAAACUAGCUCUGGAGGCAUCCAAAUCGGCUUUUGGUAGCGGAUACUACAGAGGUGGUUUUGAACCGAAGAUGACCAGGAGAGAAGCUUCCCUUAUUCUUGGCAUCAGUCCUACUGCUAACAAAAACAAGAUCAGAGAGGCACACAGAAAACUGAUGAUUUUAAACCAUCCUGACCGAGGCGGAUCCCCAUAUCUGGCAGCAAAAAUCAACGAGGCUAAAGAUUUACUUGAUGGACAGAUGAAGAAAUAGAUUGUCAUCGAAUGUUUGAUCAAGCCCUGUCUGAUGCACUUGAAUUCUCACGUGAUCAUUAAACAACAUCUUGUCAUCUAGAUAUCAUCUCCUUUUGUAUGCAAAUAAAUCAAUUUACACACCACAGCUAAUUGUGCUCCGUAUUAGAUUCAGUACCUUUUAUAACAGUGUGAACAGCAAAAAUCACAUUUAAUCUGAAUUCAGUUCCAAUUUUAGUUUAUUGUUAUUAUUUGUGAAAUGUCGUAGAAAUUUCUAAAAGAAAACUUUUUCAAAGUAAUUCCUACACCUACUUUUUUCUUUUUGGUCAAAUUCGCUGUGAAAAUUCACCAAAUAACGUUAAAAGUGUAUUGUUAAAAGUAUUCAGGAACCUUGUUUUGACAGAAAAGACAAAACAAAACAAGAGAUGCACCAACUUUGAAAGGCUGGCUGGAAGAUCAAAUGUUUAUUUAUGAACUACCUGCAUACAAAACAUAUUGCACAUCAAACAACCAGAAUGAUCUUUAAAAAAAAACCAUAA